CGUUCGCUGCGACAACACUUUACGGCAGCAGGGAAAUCGAGGAGAAAGCAGCGACUAACGUCGCCAGCGGAUACGCUAUCGCCUCAAAAAUCCUCGGAUUUAUGCAAUAUUCGGUGAAUUAACUUGUAUAGUGUUUGUAAAUCUUUUGGCCUUGUGGAUGACAUUGUAUUUAACGUUUUCAAAACGUGAAUCUCCACCUUAAUGCGGUGGGAUGGCCACAGUGCCGCCUGGGCCUAGUAGCGCACUGCCUGCAUCCCCGGCUGAAAUUCCUCCUUUCCCCGGGGCAGGGAGCGCGGAGCCGGCGGGCAGAGACGGAGAGCUGGCCUGCCACAGAGGGGACUGUGUUUCGGCCGGCACAGGGAAGAAGUCGUUGCCGAUUACCGAGGUGAAAGGGUCGGUCAAAAAGAAGCAGGAAAACAUGCUAGCGCGAGCUAGCCCGGCGGCACUGCACCUUAAAAUGCAAGCCCGAGAGCAGCAGCAGUUAAACGGCUUGGCCAGUCCCACGGAGGACGAUGACAGCCACCAACACACAGGAAACCGGCCUGACAAUCCAAGACCGUCCGUGGACAACUGUGACAGCGGCAGCAACGAGGGGACUCCAGCCGUCAGAAACAAUAGUGAGCAUUGCCAACACGAAGGCCACAGCCCCUUCUCCAAAAACGGCAGUCACUCUCCUCUGGUCAACAAUAGCAUGAACGGGAUGCCGGGGUUCACUAGAACUGAGGAGGCCCACAGCCACCCCGGGGACGAAGGGAAAGAGGAGUUUGACCACAUGGAGCCCCUUACACCUCCGAGCGACGAGGCGCCGGACGCUGCCGGGCCCGCAGGAGAGGAGAGUCCGGCUGACACACAGCAGCCUCCGGCGGCGGAGCUGGCCCGGCUCGACCUGGGCAGUUCUGCCGUCCGGGCGGAAGAGGAGAGCCACGGCAUUCGCUAUGUCCGCUACGAAUCCGAGCUACAGAUGCCGUGGAUCAUGAGACUGAUCACCAAGGACUUGUCUGAGCCUUAUUCAAUUUAUACAUACAGGUACUUCAUCCACAACUGGCCGCAGCUCUGCUUUCUGGCCAUGGUGGAGCAGGAGUGUGUCGGAGCAAUUGUUUGUAAGCUCGACAUGCACAAGAAGAUGUUCCGUCGUGGUUACAUUGCUAUGUUGGCUGUGGACUCAAAACACAGAAGGAAAAGUAUUGGUACUAAUCUGGUAAAGAAGGCCAUCUAUGCUAUGGUGGAAGGCGACUGUGACGAGGUUGUAUUGGAGACCGAAAUCACCAACAAAUCAGCCCUGAAGCUAUAUGAGAACUUGGGCUUUGUCAGAGACAAGCGGCUGUUCAGAUACUACCUGAAUGGAGUGGACGCGCUGCGGCUCAAACUGUGGCUCCGCUAGAGGAAAGAAGAGGGGACAGGGGACGACUGGACAGCGGGUGCUGUUCACCUCUUACACUAUCAGCUUGACAGCCUCAGCUCUGCCCUGGUCAUUUUCACAAUUAUACACACAUACACAAACACACACCUGUGUACAAACAUAUGCACAUAGGUAUGCAUAGACACGCAAACACACCCUCUCUUUCUCCUUGACCUCUGGACAACUGUUGUUUAGGCAGAAAUGGACUGAAAUCCCACCAGAUGUUUUCACGAAGGGCCUCUGAUGCUAAAGAGUGAUCUCUGGGAUGACCUCAACUUGGGACUAGAUGACCUUUUGACCUUCUGAGCUUGGAUUCUACAUUUUGACCAGGAAGCGAAGUGUGAGGCAGCUCAGGUGAGGACGUGCGUCUGAACCGCGGAGGACAUGGCACCACACCAAAACAUCCCGCAGAACACAGGACAAAAGAGACUCUGAGAACAUAACACAUGAAAUAAGGAAGCGGGCAGUAAAAACUGACUGGGAAGACAAUAUUGUGGAGUUUAUUUUUGUGUUUCUUUUUUAACCUUGUAAGUUGAGCGGGGAUGGAGAAGCUAUAGUAUGACGUGUUUGUACCUACCGCCUCAUGUUUUUUGGAAAGCGAGUGGUCUGCCUGUUGUUGUGUGCAUGUGUAUGUGGCAUGGUUGGUUCACUGUGAGCGAGCAACCGUGUUUGUGUGUGACCGCGCAAGUGCGUGCCUGGUUGUGCGUCCUUUAUUUUGUUUGUAUUUCCCAUCUUGUCCAGUGGGUGCAGCAGCCCCCUUGCUGCUCCAUUUCCAUCACUUGCCUCAGCCUCCAGGACUGAAGCCUGUAAAGAUAUGCAUGCAUUUAUUUUAAUGUGAGCGUGAAGAGUGUGUGUUGAUUAACCCAGUCUGAGGCUAGUCCUCUGAGCCCCUCCCUCUGUUUUGUGUAGGCAUGUUGGUUCAGAGCAGUUGAUCGAAACAAAUCACUCCAUUAGCACCUCAAUAUUGCCCAUCUGGUGGAUCUGCCACCUUUUCGCUUCAGUGUCCUUUACGAAAUCUCCCAGCUCAUCAAAUCCUGAAGGAGUAUAGGUGAGGAGUUUGUUUGUUUUCUUCCUAUAUUUGCAGAAACUUGUUUUCCCCAAAUGCACUGCCAGCCGCUGCAAAAUUGACAAAAAGGAGAAGGAGGAAUCUUUCAAAGAGACACCUUGCCAAUGAUGGUUUGGUCACACAUGCUCUUGCCAUCUGAGUUUACUCCUUUUCGCCAGUAUAUCCAAUUCUCCUCAUUGCAAGUGCCACACAAUCCAUCAGCGUGACUGUAGUGGUCCGCCGGCUGAAAGGCGGAGCACUGCAGUCCUCGGCCUGCUUCUGGUCUGCUUCGGCACCAGCCCAGAAGUGAAGUGUUACGUAUGCUGGAUUCCUGUUUGAGUAUGCUGUGUGUUAAUCUCUUGAUAAAAAAGGAAAAUAGAUGAGUAUUCUUAGCAGAUUAUAUUUUAUUCUUUGUUUGCUUUCAGUUUAUUUAGAUUGUCUACCAGACACCUGUAUAAUCUCAUGCUGCAUGUAGCAGCUGAGCCCACAAUGCACUUCCCCAGGUGCCCUAACUUGAUGCACAACCAACCUCGCAAACAUUUUAAGAACUUCAGUCUGAACACCUGAUAAAUGCACCUGGAUGUUCCAGUUCACACUAAAAAUGGCAAAGAAAGGUUGCUUCAGUCGCUCUGUUAUUUCUUAAAAGUUAAAUGAACAAAGGUCAGAUGCACUUCUGUUGAAAUUGCUGCAGUGUGUGUGUGUGUGUAUGUGUAUGUAUGAAUGCAUCUGUGUGUGUCUUGGUAUUUUGACAAUGGUGUGGAUCUGUUCUGGUAGGCUUUUAUUUCUCUACUUUCACAGGCCCCAAGCAGGAAAAUCAGCGUUUAUGGUGCUGUGUUUUGUUCCAGCCUAAUAAAAAUAAAACAGGACCUGUUAGUAAUGGGAGGGAGCAAAAGCACAUGCUUUCAUGGAGUAGUAGGAUCUACUGGGAUGUAUGUAUUAAUGGUAGCAAGCGCUGGAGACCAAUUGGGUGAUACAUCAGGGGCAGGGACGCCCAAAAUGUAUUUGAUUUAUAUCAAAGCAAAAGGAAAAGAAGCUGCAUGAAAAUGUAAAUGCAGUUUCAGGUAUUUUUAAAAUGUCGUUUUCUGUGUAGAUCCUCAAAUUAUGCAAUUGGACAUCUGUGUGCUUUUAACCUGCCUACAGAAUUAAAGUAGAAAGCACUGUGAGACACUGCCACGGGGCAUGUCGGAAAAUCAAAGUAAAAUCUGCAAAACGGAAGUCUCCAGCAAACAGAGAGAUGGAUGAAUGAGUCUGUAGAGGGAAUGAAAUGACACUACAGGACCUGGUUCUCGGGGUUGUUUCCCCUUUUUCAGCAGUAAGACAGAGAGACUUCCCCUUAGGAACCCAGGACUGGAGGAGAGAGUAGAUGUUUACAGAGUUGCCACCCACAUAACAGCCUGUGUAUGUUUGUGUGUCUGUGCAUUUGGAACAAUGGAUCAGAUGACUUUUUUUUUUUUCUCAGAUUUGUAUUCGAGUGUUGUUCUAUUCAUCGGAUAUAUUGAGAGCAUGUUUUUGUUAAUCAUUUGUUGGGAGGGGGCAAUUUGGUUGAUUUAUCCUUUUUUUUUUUAAAUUUUUUUUUUUUUUUUUUUACAUUUCUGUGCUACUUUAGCCCAACAAGAGGUUUAAACAUGAUGAUGAGCAGAUCAUAGAGGGCAUACAAAAACAAAUCACACCCCGAACGCAUACUAUUUUCACCACUGCUCAUCUGUCAUUAUCGAUACUUUAAUAAUUGCCCUGAUUUUCCUGGUUUAACCCAGUUUUAUUUUGGAGGUUUCUGUUGCUGUGUGUACCCUCACUCCCUGGGCCUUUUCCUCAUCAACAACCAACGGAUGAAAGAACUGGAAAGGUUACACCCGUUGUGUUCUUUCAAAGCAAUUAUGAGUAUGAGGAGGUGUUUUAGGAUCGAGAAUCGACUCUUGUCACCUUGUUUUUGUUAAACUCCUGUGAAUCUGGCAGUUCCUUUUUACCUACAUGGGCAUUACAGCCUGUCACCGUGAGCCAAAGUGCUCCAUUUCAAGACUGAAGGGCUCUGUCAUUAAUACCAGUUUGCAGCCUUGGCUUGUAGUGUUGCUAGUCUCACGCAGCUCUCACCGACGGAGGCGUCUCCUCCUCCUCUGCAUUGGAAUCAGAUGUUGUGACAUGACAUGAAAAUACCAGAUCAGUGUUCACAGGCGUCCGAGGCAGCUUCUUCCCUCACCUCGGACGUCUGCUGUGCAAUCCAGGUAGCUUAUUCUAACAACCCCGGCACCACCUCUCACCCCUCAGCAUCUGCCCCUUUUACAUUUUACAAGUUAUACUAUCGAAAUGUACCCUCAGAGGCCAGAUCAGAGAAGCAGCAUUUUAUUUUUGCUGCUCAUGCUGCGCCACAAACAUCACAGUCCCCACAGAAUCCCAACCACAGGGGCUUCCUGCAGUCCUUCCGCGGCGAGCAGCACUCCACCGCCAUCAAUGAAGUGAGCGAAGGGGAGAGCAAAAGGGUUUUUUUGCAUGUCAGAUUUCUGUUUUCCCCACUGUUCCUCUUCCCUGUCCCCUCUCUUAAUUUUGAUCUGGAAAUGUCCAAUAGCUUUUAUUUAAUGUGGAAAAAGAACACAGAAAUAAAUUAUUUGAUUUUUUUAAUGCUGUAAA